AGUGGCUGGCAGGGGAGAUGGGGCCGCAGGAGUUCACGGCUCGCGCCGGCAGCGGCCCCAGCCCCUACCUGCCGCCCAGCCGCCGGGGUGACCUGGCCACGCUGCGCUGUCUGCGCCGCCUGGGCUGGCCGCUGGGGGCUGCGCUGUUUACGGAGGCGGUGCGGGGCGGGUCGCCGCUGGGGGUGCUGGGCUGGCUGCUGCAGGAGGGGUGCCCGGUGGAUUGGGAGGGCGCGAUGACGGCAGCGAGCGGGAGCAGCGAGGAGGUGAAGGCAUGGCUGAGGGAGCAGCGGGGGAGGGAGGGGGAGGAGCGGGGGAAGAAGGAGGAGAAGAAGGAGGACAGGCUGGAGGAGGAGUUGGAGGGGUUGUGGAGGGCUUGAUGGGGAGGGAGCGGAAGGCUGCGUGCGGGGCUGAUAGAGAAGACAGGGCGGUGAGGUUAGGGAGGGAGAAGCCUUCAACGGGCCGUUGUCUUCGGGAAACGGAAUUACUAUUGCAGUUGCGUACGGUAGCGCAGUAUGCUCCUAGCUCCUGUGCCGUGGUAAGUGUAUGCCGGGGCAAAGGGGAGCUGCGCGUGCAGCAGGUGAUACAACUUUGGAGAAGAGGCACACAUGCGUUUGAGAUUGAGGAUGGUGCCCAGGAGUGGAGUACUGGUGUGUAGGCAGCCUUCGGCAGUGCUGCAGGCACCUCUGCUGGAAGGACGCUUCCCCGUUGGCAGGAGCUGUCUUAAGAUAACUGGUCGCGAGGCGGAACGUACUGCGAUUGCUGGAGCUGUGUCAAAGUUCCGUAUAGAUACUCUUCGCGUUGCCUGUGUUUUGCAGCGCGAUGUGUUUCUGACCUGUAGGGUCGAAAGAGUGCGA